AUCUUUUGGCAUCCUCACUCUCUCUCUUUCAACCUAAAAAUCGCUGUCUUUCAGAGUCUGUCCCCAUCAUCAUCUCCAUGUCUGGAAACCCUGUCACCAUGAGAGUGAGAGCCAAGCCCUGCGAUCGUCACCUCCCUUCCAUUGGUAUAUAGCUAAAGACCCUCCAUAACCUCCCCCCCUAAAAAAAAAAAAAAAAACCGGUUCCGUUCUCUUCAUCGCUUCACUUGCAUGAGUUAAUGAUACUGUCAUCAUCUGCUACUACAAUGGCCUUCCCUCCACACACCUUCCUGUUCCAGACCCACGAAAGAUCCCGAUCACCUCCCUUCUACCUCCAUCAACGCCUACCCCUCCUUGACACCCAGACUCUUCGAAGGGGGUGCAGUACCUUGAUGUUGAAGAGAUCCGUGUCAUUUUCAGGGAUCGAGAGCAAGCAUGAAGAUGAAGAACUGUCUGAUGAUGGAUCUCAGCUGAUGGGGGAGAAGAAAGAAGAGACUGAACAUGGAACAAGUGAGGGCACUGGAAAAGAGCUUCGAGUUAGGGAACAAGCUGGAGCCUGAACGCAAAAUGCAGCUGGCCAAGGCUCUAGGCCUUCAGCCGAGGCAGAUCGCUAUUUGGUUCCAGAAUAGGAGGGCCAGAUGGAAAACCAAACAGCUCGAGAAGGAAUAUGAAGCUCUCAAGAAGUUUGAAGCUCUUAAGGCUGACAACGAUGCUCUUAAGGCCCAUAACCACAAAUUACACGCCGAGUUACAAGCUCUAAAGGGAACGGAUUGCCGUGAAGAAGGCGGAACCAGGAACCUUAAGAAAGAACCUGAGGUUUGUUGGAGCAAUGGGAGUACUGAGAAUAGCUCGGACAUUAACUUGGAUCUCUCAAGAUCACAAUUUAUAAACCGUACUGUAACUUCAGUACAGAAUGGGAAAAACCUUCUUCCCUCUAAUGCCCUUAAGCCGACCAGCAUAACCCAGCUCCUCCAGUGCUCAUCGAGAUCAUCAGAACUUCAAGAUGAAAGCUUCUCCAACAUGUUUAACGGCGUGGAAGAGCACCAGAAUAUCUGGCCCUGGCCGGAGCACCACCAGUUUCAUUGAAGCGCUGAUGAUCACAAUUCGGACAUCACUGAAGAAUUCAGAAGGAUCUUGAGCUUAUUAGUUACAGCCACACUUAAUUUAUUUCCCUGGUUAAUUAUAAGUUUCAGUUUAUGCUUGUGAUAUAGAUUGGUGUAUAUAAAUUUAUUUGAGCAAAUCUACUUUCAAGAGUGAGGAAACGGUGGGCUUUAAGUAGUGCACCUUCUUUCCAUAGACACUUUAAAGUAUUGCAAUUAUCUCAUAGAUAUAUCCUAUAUAUAAAUAUA